AUGAAGUCCCACGGUCUUACAGUUCGUGGGUCACGUGUGAUUCCUCGAAGGUCACGUGAUGACAGUGUUAAUCCUGGAAAUAGGGGUUCGCGUGAAGGUACUCAGGGCAGUCGUCGUGAUGAUUCCACUGCAGCACGUGAUCAGCGUGCAGAUGAUACUGCACGUGAUCAGCGUGUAGAUGAUAGGAGCUGGAAUGAUUCUCGGGAUCGCAGGGAUCGUGGGUACCAUGCUGACAAGCGUGGUCAUAGUUACGGGAACCGUGAGGAUGGGUUUACCACUGUGCGCGGAGGUCGACGUUCAGGGCAGGGUAGCGGCGUUCGUGGUAACAGCGGUCGUGGUAGCGGCGGUCGGGGUAACGGCGGUCGGGGUAAUGGCCGUCAGGGAUGGAACAGUGGCAGGAGAGACUAUUAG